GCUCCCCAAAGUCAGGAGUGUGCGGUUCCCUCCUGUCGGGAUGCCGGGAGGCUGGCCUCAGCAGGGCUGCCCCUCGCCCCAAGCGUGUGGCAGCCCCACGAGCCCCCCGGGUUUUGUGCCAGGUGGUGCCUCUGGGGACCCCACCAGGAAGUGACACUUUCCAUUUUGCAUCACGCGCGUCUGCGAAGCUGUGCUGGGAAAGGGCUGUUGCUGCCCCUGUGGGCUGCAGAGCAGGAGACCAGGGAAGGGAUGGAAGAGGGUGUCUUGUAUGCUGACCUGCGCUUUCCCUCCACACCAGCUCCUCAGCAGCGAGUGCGCCUGCCCUGGUGCUGGGCAGCCCUCAGCCUGGGUCUCCUCUCCCUGAUGCUCCUACUGGCACAGAUCAUCCUGGUCAGCCUGAGUUUCCACUAUUUAGUGCAACAACAAACAAGCUGCACAGAUGGUCUCUGGAGAAUAGAGGAGAGCCCCAGCUAUGGGAAACAGACACUGGAAGGGCGAUGCCAGUUUUGCCCAGUUGGCUGGCUCUGGGAUGCGGGGCAGUGCUACUACUUCUCCUCUGCCAAAAAGAACUGGGAGCAGAGCAGAGAGGACUGCUGCUCCAGAGGGGCACAGCUGGUCACCAUCCAAGCCAACACCACCCUGGCAUUCCUGGUGCGCACAGCGAACAUGGACGCUUUUCAUGUGGGGCUGAAGCAGGAUGGCUUCAGGUCUGAGUGGAAGUGGCUGGAUGGCACCACGCUGGAAUGGUGUCUCUCCACGCAGUAUGGUCUUAGCCCCACUCUGCCACCUGACCGCAAUGGAGAAGGACAGAGCUGGGUUCCUUCCUGGACUACUGCUGCUGGGCUGCCUGCAUGGCCCAGAGUAGGGCCUACACUCCCCUGCAGUUUGCUGAGGCCCCCGCUCGCUGCCCCCAUGUGCCCUGCAGACCCCAGUGAGGAUGACAUUCACUACAAGAAGCUGCUGCAGGGGCUGGUGCUGACAGUGGCCAGCCUGGGGAGAACCCAGCUGCGUUCACUGCCACAGGGAUACCCCAGAACAGGGUCGGCCUCUUGCCUCGGGCCCCCACCCCGAGCUCAAUCUGCUUUUCCAUCUGCAUCUCUAACUGUGCCUUGCAAGCCCAGCUGCCUGGAGCAGAGUGUCACGACGACAUUUUUAUGAAAAUCCUUUGCUAGGAUUUUCUUCUCCUGAGAAGCUGAGCAGCCUCAGGAAAGAAAUGUAAACAAUAACUACGUGCCGCUGUGGAAUGCAACAGGUGCAUCAUUGAUUGGUCCAUCUUGGGUGUUUCUACUUAAUAACCAAUCAAAGAUGCAGCUGGCUCAACUCUCUGGUCAGUCACGAACCUUUGUUACCAUUCCAUUCUUUCUCCUUUACUCACAAGCCUUCUGAUAAAAUCCUUUCUUCUCUUGUUUUAGUAGAGUUUUAAUAUAAUAUAUAUCAUAAAAUAAUAAAUCAAACCUUCUGAAACAUGGAGUCAACAUUCUCAUCUCUUCCCUCAUCCUGGAACCCCUAUGAACGCCACCAUAGCAGAGGUGUUCCUCAACAAGGGGACGUCUGUCGCCCUGUCUGGGCCUUCCAGCCCAGCUCUGCUCCCUUCCACUGGGGUGGUUUGGUGGAGGUAGGUAAGAUGGUGUCAUUGCUGUCCUUUUGAGGACUCUGUUAGUUUUCCUGGCUGCCCCUUGCCUCUGCCACUAUUUGCUGCUGGCUCCCGUCUUGCCCUUUCUUACCCCGACAUCACCUGUCCGGAGCUGAGCUUUGUUGUCCCGCCUCAACACCAGGAAGAAGAUGCAGCAAACCUCCUGGGCAUGUGACCAUCCAGUGCGGAUGGGGAAAGCCAGGCAGGAUUUACGAAGGGCAGGCCACGCCUGUCUGACCUGCCUGCUGCUGUGGCAACAAUGGGCUGUGCAUAAGGGGAGAGCAAUGGGGGACAUUUAUCAUGAACCUUUCAGGUCUGGGACUUGGUUUUCCAUGGUAUCCUCACUGGCAAAGUGGGGAUAUAUGAAGUCAGGAGUACAGGAGAGGAGGAGAAGAGCUUGGGUGGAAAACCUGAAUGGUGUGAGGGCUGCAGUGGGUGUCAGUAACACCCUUUUUCCCCUGGCAGUCACUGAAGGGUUGAUCCUGGGGUUUGUGCUCCUUGUAGCCUUCAUCAGUGCACUAGAUGGUGGGUAGGGGGUGGCCUCAGGCAGCUGGGGGGCAAUACCAAACCAGUACUGUGUAUGCUGGAGGGCAGGACUGGGGUACAGAGAGGCCUGGAGAAAUGAUUUGAUGGGAGCCUGCUGAUACUGGAGUGGGUAAAAGUGCAAAUCCUGCAGCUGGCAAGAAAGAAGAAGCCACAUAUCAAGAUGGGCAAGUAAGCAGCCAUGCUGAACCAGCCCAGGGAAACCAUGGACCAGAGGCUGGAUGGGGUCUGCAGUGUGUCCUCGGAGUGGCAACUGCGGGGGAGGGGGGUGCGGGGCUGGAGCUCAGGGCUUUAGGAGCAGGGAGGAUAUCUGGACCCUCCAAGACAAGCCAGACACAGCAAGUCUUUGCUUUGCAUGAUAGCUGAGACUGUAGGGGACCCA